AUGGCCGAAAAUUUUAUUGGUAAAGGAAGCUAUGGGCACUUUAUGCGAAUCGGCGAAUAUCCAUCGUUUAUUGGAGCCAAGUACAUCUUCAUUGAUCCGAACAAAGACUCGGAUAGAUACACGAAAGAAUUCAAGCUUUUGCAAAAGCUUCGCCAUCCGAACAUCGUUCGAUUUUAUGCUCAAGCGAAAACAAUACGCGACAAUCUCACGUAUUGUGUGAUUCAUAUGGAGUUUUGCGAGCGAAACUCACUUCGCCAUGUUCUUAACGAUACGGAGCUCACUUACUCCAAGGAGACCGUCUUUUUCUGGGCUGAACACCUAGCUUGCGCUUUGUUAUGCUUGAAAGAGAAUCAAAUUAUCCAUCGUGAUAUUAAACCCGAAAAUGGCGGGAUUUUUUGGAAACAACAUAGUGGUCGAUUACAAAUG